AUGGCCAGCGGUGAUCUGGACUGUGUCCUGGACCAUAAUAUGGAGAGAGAUGUGGCGGGGGAUUUACUAGGCCCUCACCCUGACCCAGUAGCUGUGGCCGCAGGGGACAUUAAAUGUGGGCUUCCCCUCCGUAUCAAGGGCCAAGUCAUGGUGCCCGCUGCCCACCACCGUAUUUCUGUUCUCUCUAGCUGA